AUGCUCCUCCAACACCUCCUCCCAUCCUCGACCACCCUCCUCGCCCUCCUCCUCGCCCUCUCCUCCCUCCCCACCCCCACAACAAGCACACGCUCGCCCAAACGCGGCCUCGUCUUCAUCUCCCAGCCCCAACACCCCGAAGACAACGCCGUCUGGGUACAAAAAGGCUCUUCCCUAACAUGGUACUACAACUACCGCGACACGCCCUCCACCGCCUUCGCCGGCAUCCCCCAAGACCGCUUCGAGUUCGUGCCGAUGAUGUGGGGCGUCGACCAGGAACAUCCCGAAGCGACGACUUUUUUGGAUAAGGUGAAAGCUAUGCUUGAUGAUAGCGUCAACAUUACACAUGCCCUAAGCUUUAACGAGCCUGAUGGGACAAUAGCGUCGGGCGGAAGCGACCUAUCCCCCAAGCUGGCCGCGAGGGCAUGGGUUAAGAACUUUGAACCACUGAGGGAGCUUGGUGUCAAGGUCGGCUUGCCUGCGUGUACUGGUGCCGCGAACGGCUUGGAGUGGUUGAGGAACUUUUUGGAUGCGUGCGCUGAGUUAGUGAGUGAGGGGGCCGAGAAGAAGAGGAAUUGUACGUAUGAUUUUUUGCCGGUUCACUGGUAUGGGGAUUUCGACGGGAUGGCGAGCCACGUCGCCGAGCGAAUGGCCGUCUUCCCCAAAAUCCCCAUCUGGGUCUCCGAAUACGCCCUCCCCCACGAAGACCUCCCCGCCACCCAGCGCUUCUUCAACAUCUCCGCCACCUGGCUCGACAACGAGACCAUCGUCGAGCGCUACGCCUACUUCGGCGCCUUCCGCUCCACCGAGAGCAACGUCGGACCCAACCCCGUGUUUCUCAACCGCGACGGCGCGCUCACGGAUAUCGGGUCGUGGUACCUCGGCGGGAAUGCCACGGGCGUGGACCCGCAGUCCGGGGAGGGAGGGGCGGGGUCCUUGAGGGCGUCGUUGGGGUUGAUGGUUUUGGGGAUUGUGGCUUGGGCACCGGCGUUGUGGGGAGGGCUAUUUGACGAGGAUUACGGCUACUAG